AUGGAUUGCAUAAACUAUUUAAAGGAUCUAAAUAUGAUGUUUAUACUUCAAAUCAUUUAAGAUUCCCGUAUCUUGCAGGAAGAUUGUGACAUCCAGAUUUCUUGGCUAAUCCCUGUUAAAGAGUAUUUAGAUUAGAAAGCGAUAUGUAUAAUUCAAGUUAUAAUGAUUAACCAUUUGUUUAACAUCCAUCAACAGAUCCAAAUCCAAAGUUAAAUUUCUAAUAAGGAGAAGUGA